UGGGCAGGACUGCAAUUCCAAUUCCAAUUUUCAAUUAUAUUUACAUUUUUAUAUCAAUUUUUGCAUUGAAGUGAAUUUUUUAUCACACCUAAACUUAUCAGCAACUGAUUAGACGUUUUGUUGCUCCACAUUAUCUAGAUAAGGAUUAUUGUGUUAGAUAUAUAUUUUUUAAGAUCCAGUAUCUUAUACGCCGCCAAAAUUAAUUACUACUCGAAAUACAACGGAAAUAUCUCCAGUAUGGCUAAGCCAGUAUUGUAUUCAUACUGGCGAAGCUCAUGCUCAUGGAGGGUACGGAUAGCGCUGAACUUGAAGGAGAUACCAUAUGACAUAAAAGCUGUGAGCCUCAUAAAAGGUGGCGGGGAACAACACUGCAAUGAAUACAGAGAGGUUAACCCCAUGGAGCAAGUCCCUUCAUUGGUUAUAGAUGGGCAUACAUUUAUAGAGUCUUUGAGUAUUAUGAAUUAUUUAGAGGAGUCGAGACCUCAAAGGCCACUUAUGCCUCAAGAUUGUUAUAAGAGAGCUAAAGUGCGCGAAAUUUGUGAGAUAAUAUCUUCAGGCAUCCAGCCUCUCCAGAACUUAAUAGUCCUAAUCUAUGUAGGUGAAGAGAAAAAGAAAGAAUGGGCUCAGCAUUGGAUCAUGAGAGGGUUCAGAGCUGUAGAGAAACUCCUGUCUUCAUGUGCUGGGAAGUACUGUGUGGGGGAUGAGAUCACACUUGCAGACUGCUGCCUUGUGCCGCAGGUAUUUAAUGCCAGAAGAUUUCACGUCGAUCUUCGCCCAUUCCCGAUCAUCCUGCGCAUAGACCGUGAACUCGAAAACCACCCGGCUUUCCGUGCGGCUCAUCCUUCCGCGCAACCCGACUGCCCUCCAGAAGUGGCCAAAUGAACCGACGCCCACGCCCACCAAUGGGCAAACCAUGCCAUUCACUACAUAUAAAGGUGCAAAUAAAUUACAAUGUUGUGGAAUGUCGCGACAAUGACACCAUCGGAGACUUACAUUUACUCUUAACAUUGCAACCAUGUCUUAGAUCCAUAUGCUAUCACUAGCAAGUCUUGCUCCGAUAGGUUGGCCAGAAUAUCGACAGUUGCGACACACCACAAUAUUGUACUGAGUGGUUUGUUUGCACCUUAAUAGUAAAGUGAAUUUGACCAAGUUAAACUUAAUAUCCCAUGCAAAAACUCUCAUUCCGUUAAGCAAUCUUUUUAUUUUGUGGGGUAUCAAACUAAACUAAAAAGUGAAUGACACAUUUUUAUGCUCAUAAUCUAGUCGUAAACUAGUUAAUCAUUAUUCAAAAGGGUUAUACAAGGUUUUGGGAUAGUGCAAGAAUGAGAAAAUAUGAAUUUGUAGUUUAUUUAGUUUAAGUAACUGUAAUAAAAUAAUUAUGAAGUCUUUGUUGUUAAUAGUAUGUAAUAAGUUCAGCAGCA